UUCCUGGUCCAAAGUGUCACAUGAUGAGAGGAAAGUGUGGCUCCGGGUGGCCAUAAACAUCUCUACUCAAAACUCGUCAAUGGCAGUAUUAUCAAGCUGACAUGACAGGCUGAGCUUUUAUGAACCAUGUCGGUCCAAGCUCCUCGCAUUUCAGUGUUCACCUUUCAGUCUGCAGUGCACAGCGCCCAUGUUCUCCAGUGUCUGGAUGAUCAGAGGAAGCAGGAUGUUCUGUGUGAUGUGACCGUGGUGGUAGAAAACAGGAGUUUCCGGGCCCACCGCUCUGUCUUGGCUUCCUGCAGUGAAUACUUUCACAACAGGGUUGCCAAUGUCACCCAACAGAAUCCUAUCAUCACCUUGCCUGAUGAGGUGACCAUUGAGGGGUUUGAACCUUUGCUUCAAUUUGCCUACACAUCAAAGCUACCCUUCACCAAAGAAAAUAUUCAUGCCAUUCACAGCAGUGCAGAGUUUUUAGGAUUUCAUGAUUUGGAGUCGACAUGCUUUGAUUUCCUCAUCCCAAAGUUUUCUGAAGGCAAAAGAACGUCACAAGAGGUCAGGCGUAGAGGCUGUUGUCUGAGCCGGGAUCCCAGUGCCAGUUUUGGCCCCGGCACAGGAAGCAGCCAACCAAAAUCAUUGGAGUCACACAGCUCCAGGCCUUUAAGAGGUGAUGAAGAAACAGAUCUCCCAUCAGAGUGUCCUCAGAGCGCACAGGGUCAGAAGACCAGUGGGGAAGAACACUUUUGUUUGGAGAACUGUGGGCCACAAAUGCCCUCCUUAUCUUUGGAGUUAACAGCAAAUGGUGUGUGUCCAAUGUUGUCUUUGCCAUGCCCAGACUCUGACAAAGCAGAUCAUCCCUCUCAGUUUUGUGAGACAGACAUUUUAGAGAUAGGAGAUGUGUGUAAUCAAAGUGAGUUGAGUUUGGCAGAUUGUGGCUUACCCUGUGAGCUGUCAACCCCAGGGGAUAUGAUUCUGCCAGAACUCAUUGAGCCAGCAGGCAGAGAUGUUGAGCAGACUGUGGAGACGCUCGGUGCUGAAACCGACUGCAACCCUGGUUCAUGUCCACUCAAAACAUCGGGAGCGGAUGAUUGCCAUGAGUUAUUAGAGCAGAGUGAGGCUGGCCUUGAACAGAAAAUGGAAGGUGAUCUAACAGACCCAACAAUAUCUGCUCUAAGUCCAGAAGAGGGAAAUGGGGAGAGGAGCAGCGUGGAGAGGGAGGUAGCUGAACAUCUGGCAAAGGGAUUUUGGUCUGACCUAUGUCCAUCUCAGGCUCAACCACUCCCUUUGGAACCAAUGGACCAAAACAAUCUGGCAAAAGCAUCAGACUUCCAUUGGCUUAAGCAGCUCGACCUGAGCUCCAGUGUAGGAGACUGUCCCUUCCUCAGGGAUUUUGGGACAGGUGACGACGGGGCCCCACACCCUGACAGCCUGUCCCAGUCAGAGAAGAGCCCUUACAUGUCCUCCUCCCCCAACUCCGGGGACGAUUCAGACCUGGACACAGAUGGAGAUACUGAGGCCAACAACAAAAGAGCAGCAGAGAUUCAGCUCCCAUUCCCUGUGGAGCAGAUCUCAGCCCUGAGCCGGAGUGCCUUCCAGCAGCUUCUGAGAAACCAUCACUUGAAUCAAGAUCAGCUUGAAUUUGUCCAUGAUGUUCGUCGACGAAGCAAAAACAGAGUGGCUGCACAGCGCUGCCGAAAGAGGAAACUAGACAGCAUAUACCAGCUAGAAUGUGAAAUCAAAAGAUUAAAAAGCCAGAAAGAGCGUCUGCUGUACGAGCGAACCGAUCUGGAGCACAAUCUGGAGGAGACGCGACAGAGUCUGUGCGGGUUAUGCAAGAGCGUUAGCUUCGAGACUGGCUCUGAUCAGGACCACUUGCAGCUUCUUGCCAAGGUGUCCUCACCAGACUCCCCCGUCUACUCCCCUCGCAUUUUGCGUAACGAUGAGGAGUCCCAGAUCACUAUCAAAAUGGUAAGUUCUUCAGAGUGUGACCCAAGCGAGCCACCUGCAUACUCGGUCCAAACUGCUGCACCAGAGGCUGGCACACAGACAGAGGAGGCAGUUUCACCACAGAGCUGCCCUGUCUCUGCGUCUCUGCUCAAUGCCUGUAUGGACAUGAACAACAGCUUAUAAUUGCACUUAAUUUCCAUUGUCAUUUCUAAUCUUGCAGGACCACAGAGCAGGGGAUGGACUCUGAGUAUAUACUAUAAUCCCCUUUCGGGAUUGAUAUGCUUUUCUGUGUAUUUUAAUCAAUGAUUUUUGUCCUGAUAUUAGUAUCUUAAAGUGACAGUGAAAUGUCAAAUUUCCUUUGCUGUAUUCCUAAUAUGCAUUUCACUGUAGUAAACACAGAAUCUAGUAUUACGCUAAUUCCCAAAUGUGUCCUUUAAAUCAGGAGGAUGUUCUUAAAAUGAAGGCUGUUUUUCUCAGGGAAACUCAUAACCUGACUUUGUUUUGAUGGCUAAAAUAAUUAUCGUUACACACCUACCAUGAGACAUAAGAUGUUUCUUUUAUUUUGAUCUUAUUAAUUAUAAUCAUCAUCAUUGUAUUCUUAAAACAUUCUGUAUUUUAUACCACUAUUCUGUUCAACUAACAUAACUUUUUCUUUUAUAGUAGAGGAAUUGUUACAGCUAACAUAAAUUCUCAGCGUUAUUUGAAUGCCAGUGCAUAGUUUGAAUGAAUAAAUGUCAGCUUCUCCUGAUAUUUGAGGAAUAGUGAAAGUGUUACAGGGGAACAUAGGAAAUUACUAUAUUUGAUGCAAAACGUGCCUUAUGCGGUAGUAUAGAAUGAAUUCAUAAAGAUGAAGGCAAUUUUUUUGUCUUAAGCGCUGUUGCACAUUAACCCAAAACCCACAUUGAUGGCAUUCUCUUACAUUAAGGUCUGUCUUCAUGUUGAGUAUUUUUUAUUAAAUGCUUUCAUGGAUUUAAAGAUUUAAAUAAACAACAUUUUG